CCGGUCCCGGUUCUGGAGCCUUCGCGUUUCGCGUGGAAGCGCAGCGCCACCCAAGCAACUUGCACGACCGGCCUCCUCGCGCGCCUCCUCGCCUCUCCUCUCCUGGCCCCUGUUUGUUUCCUUCUGGCCGGGCCCCCUUUUGCCCCCCCUUCUCUCUCUCUCUCUCUCUCUCCUGCACGCCACUCUGCAAACCCCCGCCCGCGGCUCCCGAACAGAGCUGAGCCGUCGAGCAGAGCAGCAGCCUCUGCGCGCGCCGGCGCCAGCCGACAUGGCUGCUACAAGUCACUGCGGCAACAUCCAGGACCAGGACGAAGAAGCUUCGGCUCCUGGCGCCGCCGACCUCUACGCCGUGCUCGGGCUCAACAGGGAGUGCACCGACGCCGAGCUCAGGGUCGCGUACCGGCGGCUCGCCAUGAUAUGGCAUCCGGACAGGUGCUCGGCGUCCGGCAGCUCGCCGGCGCGCAUGGAGGAGGCCAAGGAGCGGUUCCAGGAGAUCCAGGGCGCCUACUCCGUGCUCUCCGACUCCAACAAGCGGCUCCUCUACGACGUCGGCGUCUACGACAGCGACGACGACGAGGCUGACCUGUCGGGGAUGGGCGACUUCCUCGGAGAGAUGGCCGACAUGAUGAGCCAGGCCACGCCAACGGAGACCUUCGAGGAGCUGCAGCAGGUGUUCGUGGACAUGUUCCAGGACGACCUGGACGACGCCGGCUUCUUCGGCGGGCUUCCGACGACGGGCCGCAGGGCCCAGGCACCCAGCACCUCGCUGCCGCCGUCGGUGUCGUCGUCGCCGUUGCGGCCGACGCCUGCCGCUGGAAGAAGCAAGGGUCCGCAAGCGACGCCGUCGUCGUCGUUUAAAGGCGUCGAGAGGCGGGGUUCGACGUCGACGGCGAAACGGCCGAGGCCCAACGGGUCGGCGGGCCUGGAAUCGGACCUGGGCCUCUCCGGAUUCUGCUUCAUGGUGAGUAAGGAGAUGAGCAAGUCGAAGGAGAGGCAAGCGGUAUGGGCCAGUGACGACGGUGACAGGAGCACCGAUGGCAAGCAGAGGUUGUCGACGAGCCGCGAUGUCUCCGGUGGUGGGAUGUCACGCUCACUGCAGGGCCAAAGCAGCAAAAACUUGUUGCAGUGUAUGGCCUCUAAGUCUUGAUUAGAGCACUGUUAAUUGACUUGCUGGCUCGUGCCAGUCAAACACAUUGAAAGAGGAGAGAGAGAAAAUCUUGUUGCGUUCUUCGAUCUUUUCUGAGCUCUGCUGUAUUGUUUCAUAAGUUUCUAUUUGGUAGGAGAAAUUAAAAAUGAUCAACGAUGGCCCUAACAACUUUAUGAGCAAACCCACA